UCUUGUUGAGGAGCAAGAUGCUAAAGCCACUUUAAAGCCUGACAAAAAUGCUGAUGAACUCAAAGUGGCUGAUGAACCUGUGUCAAAAGUUGUAGAUUGGUUUGAAAGAAGUUCUGAUGUUGAAGAUGGGAAAUUUGUGUCAGCUACAUCCCAAGACAGGGAACCCGAAGAGGAAGUGGGCUUCUCAGCCAGAACAGCAGUUCUUCUUUCAGAACACAGAGGGCCCAGCAUGGCUGGAAAAACAGGAGUUACAGAAGAGUUACUGUCUGGAAAGAUUAAAAAACACAGCAGUAUUUCACCUACAUCACUUAGGUCAGGAGGUACACAACUGAUUACAGAGAGGAUAAAACCUAAGAAAGAGGAAGAGAAUGAGGAGCAAAAUGGCAAAUCACUAACUGAAUUUGACUGCACAAAAGUUGAAGAAGAACAUGGUCAAGAAAGCAAGCGACAAAAUGAGAAACCAAAUCUCUUGGAACAUGAAGAAGACAAGCUACCAGCUGAGAAAUGUGAGUCAGAGAAGGCAAUAAGAGCAAGAAGAAGAAUAAGGGAGAUCAGAGCAUUCUGGGAAAGGAGUCAAACUACUCCUAGUCAUGGAGAGAAAGAAGUUAGUGUCAAUACUAAUGCAUCGGGUGAUGGUGCAUUGCGAGGUCUUGGGGUAAGUGACAAAAUAAGAGCAACUGCAGCGUGUGUAUCUAAUGGAUUGGAUGAUCAAAGGAAGAAUACACCAACAAGUGUUGAACCAAGUUGUGCAAGCCGGGCUUCAGAAAAUGAACAUCAAAACUCUUUUGAGUUUAGACCAGGCCAUGCAGCUGGAAAGACAGAAAGAACAUUUCCACCUGAUGAAGUUCAUGAAUAUACAGAAUUACCAAAGGCUGGUGACUUGCAGCCAAGGGUUGGUGCCACUUCAGCUUCCCCACAAAGCAAAGACAAAAAUGAGAAAGAAGCACUUAAAAGAAAAGCUUCUGCUUCCUCCCAACAGAGACCCAACUUCCAGAUUUUGUCUUUAAAAGAGAAAAUCAAUGAGAAGUCCAAGAAUCGAAUUUCGGAUCCUUUGCAGUUCCAGAGUUUGAGAAACUUCUGGGAUACUGGAGCUAAAUUAGAGAGUAGCAUUGACAGGGGAGAUGUUUCUUUGCCGAAUAACACUAGUUCAAUAACCCAUGAGAGAAAAUCAAAGGAAAAUGAAGAAGGCAGAGAUAAUGUGAGCAAGGAAGAGUUAAUCCAACAACAAACCCAAAUGUCUGAGAGAGAGAACCCACAGGAACCUGAUUCUGUGCUAUGUGAACUGCCUCUAGGAUCUGCUACUCUGAAAGCUCAGAAUGUGACACGGGCAAUGUCACAGCUGGACAGAAAGGCGGUCAUCUCAAAACCCAAGGAAAAGAUGGGUCUUCCAGAGCAAGAAGUUAAAGAAUGUGUAGAAAAAAGUAUUGUUUCAUCGAAAGAACAUCCUGUUUUGUUGCAGUUGAUCCAACCGCUUGGAGAUAAAGAUGCUUUAAAGACAACACCAGUAGAUGAUUGUCUAUGUUUACCCACAGAAAAAAUGAAGAAGACUUCUCCAUUGGGUAUCAGUCUCCCUAAAGAGGAAGUUGCAGAGACUGUGGAUAAAAUGGUUCUACCUAAAGCUGAGCUGGAUGUAUUUAAAUUAGGCCUAAAGAAGUUAGAAAAGGAAGCCUCUGAGAUGUCAUCUAGAUUGAACCUAAAAGAAAACACUUUGAGACAGCCAACUCUUCACUCAGAUCAGUGCAAGGUCUUUGAAAGAACAGUAGAACAAAGCCAUGACUCUUGUCCUGCUGCUCAAAAAGAAGAAAUAGGCGAAAGAACAGGAAAAGUGAAUGUGCCAUCAACAGGUUCAGAAGAAUUAAACCCUGUUUUGCUGGCUUUGAAAAGGAGUACAGAUAGGAAAAUGCCUUCCAAAAGUCUGGAGGACAUUCCAUCAGCCACCUCAAAUAAAGGAAAAAUAAAUAAUCCAAUGGAAGAAUUAGCUCUUAGUGCUGAAGAUGGUUCGAAACCUGAUCAGCAUCAAGAGAGGAAUGAAAAUGCCAUGGGAAUUUCCACAGUGCCUUCACAGCCUGACAAGCUGUUUUCCAGUCCUGAAAAACUCAAAGGACUGAGCAAGUCGGUACCAUCAUUCCUCCAGGAAGAGAGUGAUGACAGAGAGACAGAUACAGCAUCAGAAAGCAGUUAUUCACUUGGCAGGAUCAAGAAGAGUCCCAGCUCUCUAACCAAUCUUAGCGGCUCCUCUGGCAUGGCCUCCUUAUCCUCUGUGAGCGGAAGCCUCAUGAGCAUCUAUAGCGCAGACUUUGGCAAUGUUGAUGUGAAGGGGAACAUCCAGUUUGCCAUUGAUUAUGUGGAACAGCUGAAGGAGCUCCACAUCUUUAUUUGCCAGUGCAAAGACUUGGCAGUGGCAGACAUUAAGCGCCAGCGUUCAGACCCGUAUGUAAAGACCUACCUGCUUCCGGAGAAAUACAAGCUGGGCAAAAGGAAGACUUCUGUCAAAAAGAAAACUUUUAAUCCUGUCUAUAAUGAAAUAUUGCGGUAUAAAAUUGAGAAGGACCUCCUAAAGUACCAAAGCCUCAAUAUCUCUGUGUGGCACAAUGAUACCUUUGGGAGGAAUAGUUUCCUUGGUGAAGUGGAGCUGGAUUUAGGAACGUGGGACUGGAAUGAGAAAUCCAGCAAGCAGAUCAACUGGUUUCCACUCAAGCCAAGGACUUCAACAAUGACUCUUCAAGUAGAAAACAGAGGGGAGAUGAAACUGGCCCUUCUGUAUGUCCCACACCCUGCUGGAGGGAAAAAGACUGUACCUACUGGUGAGGUCCACAUCUGGGUGAAAGAAUGCCAUGACCUUCCUCUUCUGAGAGGCAAUAGGCUCAACUCUUUUAUUAAGUGUACAAUUCUGCCAGACACCAGCCGAAAAAGCCGCCAGAAAACAAGAACAGUGGCAAAAACUACAAACCCCAUAUUCAACCACACCAUGGUCUAUGAUGGCUUUAGACCAGAAGAUUUGAAAGAAGCCUGUGUAGAACUCACAGUCUGGGACCACAACAAACUGGCCAACCACUUUCUGGGAGGUCUAAGGAUAGGCCUUGGAACAGGCAGAAGCUAUGGGACUACAGUAGACUGGAUGGAUUCUACUUCAGCAGAAACUGCCCUCUGGGAGAAGAUGAUGAACUCUCCAAACACUUGGAUAGAAGACACGCUACCUCUCAGGAUGCUAAUGGUUGCAAAGUUGACAAAAUAAGGUGGCUUUUUAAUUGCUAGUGUCCAAAAGAAACCUUGGCAAUAAAAUUAAAGGUGUAGGGGUGAAACUUGGAAGAGGAACACAGUAGUUCUUUGACAAUCUCUGCUCAGCUGCUCUUCUGGUUUUGUGCUGUCAAAUGUCAUGUCAUGUUUCAAAUUAAGUAUCUGCCUGGAGAUUAGUAUGUAAAUUUAAGGGAUUCUUUCACUUCUUACUCACUGAAAAGGAGUUAAAGAAAGAAGGUACUUAAAGAAUUCAGUGGUAGAGGUAGCUAUGAUACCUGGAUGCUUGUGUUGCCAAAUAGAAGUGAUCCAGAGUCAACUCUUUCUCUACACCCCAGGAUUGUUCAUGAGGUGUUCUUAAUAAGACAGCAACAAGUUGCAUUUUGUUGAUGCUCAUAGGGUGUGUUGUAUCCUCAUCAUGCCAUGCCGGGUCCUUCAGUUGCAGUUGUACAUUUCUAGGCUAUGAAAGUCACUUCUACAGUGAAAGCAGCAUGAGGGACACUGACAGUGUCCUACCUGGCAAAGUGCAGAGGACUUUCAUGUAUGUACUAUAAAAAUCAGGGUUAUAGAACUUUGCUUUUAUGUGUCUUGUUUUGCUCAUGUACAGUCCUCACUUUUAAAUGCUGGAGGCACGGAAGCGAACCUUCUUUUUUUUAUUCAGAUACUACUCUAAAGGAUCUAAACCUGCCAAUUUUAGUGAUGACCAGUGUGUUGGGUAUUUAUUCUGUAAGGAAUACUCAGCUGUAUCGAUAGCCAUGAGCUCUGUUUGGCUAUAAUUUAUCUGUGCUUCAGCGCCACCGUUAGGAGAACACUGGGGUUCUGGUGGCUUUGGUUUAGGGAGCUUUGCAGUACAGCGAGUAGGACUGGGACCUGCAGAAAUGCAUGUUAUUAGAGUAAAAUAAAUGCAUAAAAUACUAAAUGUAUUACUUUUUUAAUAAAAGAAGCCUAUUAAAGCUAAAUAGGAAUUUAGUGUUUAUUAAACCCCAGUGGUUUAUGCUAGCAACUCAGCAU